AUGUUACAGCUUCGAGCUCGUGCCUGGACACUUCACCAGUACCAGACUUUCUCCCAGGAUGUUGUCUGUGGACUCAUGUUCUGGUGUGCUGGCAGGGAGAAGCCCACCCACAUUCAUUCUCGUCCCGAUGCGCAACUGAACUUUUUUAUCUCUGGUGGUGUGGAGAUUCCCCAUUUGGGACUCAAUUUGCGUCUGAGAUACAAAGACGAUCCGACAUCGAAAAAAGAUCAGUAUCUGAAACUUGCCAUCAUAUGGACCGUGUGGGACGGAAGUGACCUGCAUCAGAGAGAGAUAACAACCACUCCGGAACGGGCAAGCGGCCCCGGAACAGAGGACCAUACCUUCUCCGCCAGACUGCGUCAAGUUAGUCUCACACCAAUAAGCCUCACGGAAGCGCAGGCCAGCUCUUGCCAAGGAAAUGCCGGCGCAGAUGGAUACCAGGCUCGCUGGGCAUCCAAGGUUGUCCCCUACGUCUAUGGGUUUGAUGUAGCCAAGUCAUCACUGGAAUGGUUCAAUGAGGCACAGAAGAAAUCCAUCGAACUCUUCAUCAACGCUGCAUACGGGGAUCGUUUCAAGCUAUACACGCGGGUCCGCGCUGCUGCUCUUUGUGAAAACUGGAACACCCUUAAGUCUAUGCCGAGGCUAACCUACCCGCCGUUUCCACUCUAUGAUUGCCGUUGGCACAUCCAGGCGAAGAGAUUUGAGAGAAUGGAAGAAAUCCCUGACAUUGAUGACCUCCGUGUCCAAAUUCACCAUCGAAGACGAGAGCGACAGUGGUCUCACAUUACCGCAAAGGGCCAUUGCUUCACCGAUAAGUUUGAAAUACCUGGCCUUGACGCGGAUAAACACAUCACCUUUAUCAAUGAACGCGAGUAUCAGGCAAUCAGAUCUAUUGGGCUGUUACGGGAGGUUGCUGCAAAUGAGCGUCGAUAUGAUCACCAAUUCAAUCGCGAUUACACUUUCGACAUGAUUCCAGCCUCUGAGGUUGAAAGCACAGCGACUUCAUCAUCGACUGAAACAUACUACGUCGCAUUUGAAAUCCAGCUCCAACAAGGAGACAGUGACGCGGAGCAAACCCUGCAACUCCCAGAUGUGGGAACGCCGGUGAGAGUCACACCGAAGGGACGCGACACAAAGCAAAGCAACAAGCCGAUUUGGCCCUGGCCGAAGCCGAAACUCGCAAAGUCAUCUGGAGCCCAGCCGUCGGCCAGUGGAGAACGAACUUCGGUUGUCGGUAUGAGCCGCAAGCCUCAGCAAUCUUAUUCAUCCGGUGGUUCAUCCAGCCAACACACUGCUGUCGCUCGACAGGACCAGUCCUCGCUCGGUAAAUCCCAUUUUGGAAAAGCAUCCACAGCCCCAAUUUGGCACGGCUAUGUCGUUUCCUCGUCCCUGGCAGACAUAAAAUCGCUCGGUGCGCCAACCAAUCUUGUGUUUGCCAAGAUCCACAAGCCUCACGAUGAAAUGUCUCGAGGUCGCGUUUUGAACAUGACGGCCCGUGUUACCUUUGGACAGCCAAAUGUCCCGCGAGUGGCAGCCAGGAAAGCAAUUCAGAAUGUCAUGUGGGGCAAUGAAGGCCUUGGUAUCCCAACGUCUAGCAAGAUGAAGGUCUUGCUUUUGGCGCAUGAAAACCACGUCAUGAAGUUCUUGCCGCCAGAUAAUGAAAACCUUGAUGAUACAAGAAUUCCCAGCUUUCUCAGUUGGCUGAAGGAUAGUCGAAAUCCAUUGCAAAAGAGAGCAAUUCGAGAGGCUCUUUCUCCCCAUGGAGGCUUCAUGAAACUGAUCACGGGGCCGCCAGGAACAGGCAAAACGGCUGUCUCCACAGCCAUCAUCAGGUAUUGCUACGUUACCGAGACACCAAUCCUAGUGAUCUGUGGACAGAACCAAGGUCUCGAUGUAGUAGCACAACGUUAUUCGUCUCUUUACGAAAAUGACAAUGCCGAUAUCUCCCAAGUCUAUCGAUUGGGAACAGAGUUCGCUGAAUCGGUUGAUAUGCAUUUCAAAGAGGAUCAGGAGCUCACAACGCAUCGGGUGUCUGGUCUGCGUGAAAAUUUCAAACGAGCUGUUCAUGAAUUGAGCCGAGCAGACAUCGCUGAAAGAAUCGUUGGCAGUCUUGAAGCCUCCCUCACCGGUAUGGGUGUAAACCUGCAGCACCUCUCCUUGGGCAGGUUCAUCAUGUCCCGCGUUAAGAAUGAAAUUCGUUUGCAGGGUUCGCCAGGGAGGGAAACAAAUCAAGAGUCAGAACUGCUCAUGGAAUUUGCUUGCUGGCAACAAGUCAUACGGAUGAUGGAGAAGCUGCAGGUGGAGCCAAUCGAUCGAACAAGCACGAGCGCCCACAUAUUCUCCGCUGAACAACGAGAGCUGCAAGCCGGCUUCCAAAAGCUGUGGGGAAAGCUCCAGAAGUUCUAUCUUAAGAAGGCCCGUGUUGUCUUCUGUACCGCGGACACCGCGGGGCGACAUAUCCUUCGUGGGUUUCGCCCUCGCUUUGUUUUGAUUGAGGAGGCUUCGCAUAUUUCAGAGACAACUUGCUUGGUCCCAAUUAUGGCUAACUACAUAGGCCUGAAGAGGGUCAUUCUGAGUGGAGACACAGCGCAGCUACCACCGACUGUGAUCUCCAGGGAUGAAAACGAGUGCGGCCAGAUCGAACAAGUCUCGCUUUUCGAGAGAAUGAUUCUCUCAGGACAUCCCGACAUACAACUGCAAACUCAGUACCGUAUGAUGGCUGGAAUUUGCAAGUUCGUUAGCACGGAAUUCUACAAUGGUACUCUAGAGACCGUGGAGUCAGCUCCGAAUAGAGCGACGUCAAAAACCCUCUCAAAUUUCAUGUCUACUCGAUACAAGUGCUCGCCAGGUUCCUCGUUUUUCCUCUCUCUAUCUGGCACAACAGUCGUCCGACGUCAGGGAGGAACCUCGAUCCUAAAUCCCGAGUAUGUGAGUCAUAUUGCCGACCUCGUUGAUGCUCUAGCCAAGAAGGUGCCCAAUCUCCCGCAGGAGGACAUUCUGGUGCUCUCGUAUUACAACGAGGAGCGCCGGGUCCUAUCUGAGCUACUUCGAAAGCUCGGCCACUCAAAGGUCCGUGUUAAAAGCGUGGACUCCUCACAGGGCUCCGAAAGUCCUGUAGUGAUACUUUCAACUACUCGGCCAGGUGGGCAAUGGGGUCUGGGGUUCAUCACAGAUCGGAAGAGAAGCUGUGUCGCAUUGAGUCGUGCUCAAAGCUGUCUCAUUGUCGUCGGAUUUGAGAAGAUGGGAAUGGCCACGCAAGUUGGCUCAGGUCAGGGAUUCCAGGUCUGGGAGCGCCUUGUCAAGCAACACGAGCAGACUUCUACUUUGUGUCGCGUGAAGGGCAGUUCAGCCCUUCUCAAGCAGCAGCUCGGGAUCUCCGAAGGAAGUUCUGGAUAUGAGCGUGCUCUUCGUUGA